AUGGCAGUAUCAAGACGUGCCGGGCGCAAGAAAGAGGGUGGCGGGGGAGCCCCAAAGCAGCAGUUUGCGAAGAAGGCCGUUUUCGAGAGCACCAAGAAGAAGGAGGUCGGCGUCUCGGAUCUCACGCUGAUUAGCAAGAUAUCAAAUGAGGCCAUCAAUGAAAACUUGAAGAAGCGCUUCGAGAAUGCCGAAAUCUACACAUAUAUCGGCCAUGUACUGGUUUCCGUCAACCCUUUCCGAGACCUCGGAAUCUACACAGACCAGGUGCUGGACAGCUACAAGGGCAAGAACAGGCUCGAGAUGCCUCCGCACGUAUUCGCCAUCGCCGAGUCGUCGUAUUACAACAUGAACGCGUACAAGGACAACCAGUGUGUCAUCAUUUCCGGGGAAUCAGGGGCUGGAAAAACAGAAGCGGCGAAGCGAAUAAUGCAAUACAUUGCCAAUGUCUCUGGUGGCAACAACACUUCGAUUCAAGAAAUCAAGGACAUGGUGCUGGCCACGAACCCUCUACUCGAGUCGUUUGGAAACGCGAAGACUCUACGAAACAACAAUUCCUCCCGGUUCGGAAAAUACCUCGAGAUACAGUUCAAUGCGCAGGGUGAACCGGUAGGUGCCAACAUCAACAACUACCUCCUGGAGAAGUCGAGAGUAGUAGGCCAAAUCACAAACGAGCGGAACUUCCAUAUCUUCUAUCAGUUUGCGAAAGCAGCAUCAGAGAGCCACAGGCAAACGUUUGGCAUUCAGCAACCACAAUCGUACGUCUAUACCAGCCGAUCGAAAUGCUAUGAUGUCCAGGGAAUAGACGACCAUGCGGAAUUCAAAGAUACUCUCAAUGCCAUGAAGGUCAUUGGGUUAUCACAAGCUGAACAAGACAAUAUAUUCCGAAUGCUUGCGGCUAUUCUAUGGCUCGGAAAUGUGUCGUUUCAAGAGGACGAUUCAGGGAAUGCCGCAAUUGUGGACCAAUCCGUCGUGGAUUUCGUUGCCUAUCUACUCGAGGUCGAUUCCGCCCAUGUCAACAAAGCCCUUUCCACACGCGUUAUGGAGACGAGUCGUGGAGGGCGGAGAGGCUCCGUGUACGACGUACCGCUGAACCCGGCGCAAGCAACGGCUGUGCGCGAUGCACUUGCAAAGGGUAUCUACUUCAAUCUUUUCGAUUGGAUCGUACAGCGCGUCAACGUAUCACUACAAGCCCGAGGUGCAAUGUCACAUUCUAUCGGAAUUCUCGACAUUUAUGGAUUCGAAAUCUUCGAAAAGAAUAGUUUCGAGCAGCUGUGCAUUAACUACGUCAAUGAGAAGUUGCAGCAGAUUUUCAUCCAGUUGACUUUGAAAGCCGAGCAGGACGAAUAUGCGCGGGAACAGAUUCAAUGGACACCAAUCAAAUAUUUCGACAAUAAAGUUGUUUGUGAACUCAUUGAAGAGAAGCGUCCGCCGGGUGUUUUCUCCUUCUUGAACGAUGCGUGCGCGAUAGCCAACGCAGAUCCUGCUGCCGCCGACCAGACUUUUUCACAACGUCUGGGUGCACUCUCAACCAACCCAAACUUUGAGCCCCGCCAGGGACGGUUCGUCAUCAAGCAUUAUGCCGGUGACGUAGCCUAUGCGGUGGAUGGUAUGACGGAUAAGAAUAAGGAUCAGCUGCUCAAAGAUCUGCUCCUGCUCUUGGGCAAUAGCUCCAAUAGUUUCGUGCACACACUUUUCCCUGAUCAAGUCAAUACCGACGACAGAAGGCGACCACCCACUGCAGGAGACAAGAUCAAAGCUUCAGCGAAUGACCUCGUCUCUACCCUCAUGAAAGCGCAACCGUCAUAUAUUCGAACCAUCAAACCCAACGAAAACAAGUCCGCCACCGAGUUCAAUGAACCAAACGUUCUACAUCAGAUCAAAUACCUGGGUUUGCAAGAGAAUGUUCGUAUUCGACGUGCGGGUUUCGCAUCCCGUCAAACUUUCGAAAAGUUCGUGGAGCGCUUCUUCCUUCUAUCGCCAAAGACCGGGUAUGCGGGAGAAUACACAUGGUCGGGAGACUACCAAAGUGGCGCGAAGCAAAUCUUGAGGGAUACCAAUAUUCCCGCCGAGGAAUUCCAGAUGGGUACUACCAAAGUGUUUAUCAAAACUCCCGAAACCCUUUUCGCGCUCGAAACUAUGCGGGACCGUUACUGGCACAACAUGGCUAUUCGAAUUCAACGUGCUUGGAGGAAUUAUCUACGGUAUCGAGCCGAGUGCGCAACUCGUAUCCAAAGAUUCUGGAGACGAGUUAAUGGAGGCAUGGAAUUCAUCCAAGUGCGUGACGAGGGCCAUAAGAUUCUUGGUGGUCAAAAAGAGAGACGGCGAUUUAGUUUGAUUGGAUCCCGCCGAUUCAUGGGUGACUACCUGGGUAUCGGCAACAAAGGUGGUCCCGGUGAAGUGAUUGCUAACGCUAUCGGCAUUUCUGGCGAAGAGGUGGUAUUCUCCUGUCGAGCUGAGAUUUUGGUGUCUAAGCUUGGCCGGUCAUCCAAACCGGAGGCUCGACAGCUCGCGUUGACCAAAAAGAACGUAUAUCUGAUCAAGCAAGUCUUGGUCAACCGGCAAAUUCAGAUUCAAGCAGACAGGACCAUACCUGUCGGGGCUAUCAAAUUCAUCAGCUGUUCCAAGUUGAAGGAUGAUUGGUUCUCCAUUGGCGUAGGAUCACCGCAAGAGCCUGAUCCCUUGGUCAAUUGUGUCUUUAAGACGGAAUUUUUCACUCACUUGAAGCACGUUUUACGCGGCUCACUGACCUUGAAGAUAGGCGACACGAUUGAAUACAACAAGAAGCCCGGUAAGCCAUCACAGAUCAAAACGAUGAAAGAUCCAGCUGUGCCACGAGACGACACCUACAAGAGUGGUACCGUGCAUACCGGUCCCGGAGAGCCACCCAACUCGGUCUCAAAGCCUACACCCAAAGGCAAGCAAGUUGCAGCAAAGCCAAUUACCAAAGGCAAACUGUUGCGUCCUGGUGGACCAGGUGGUGGGCCAUCAAAGCUCGCCAGUCGUCCUGCUCAACCUCGACCUACACCCGCUGCCGCACCUCAAUCUAGACCGGUACCACAGCCAGUGGCUGCGUUGUCAAACGGGUCAUCGCAUGCACGCAAUUCAUCUGCAUCAUCCAACCGGGCACCGCCCCCGCCGCCUCCCGCACCUCCCGCUGCACCACCAGCUCCAAAAGAACCAACAUAUAAAGCCAUGUAUGAUUUCGCUGGCCAAUCAGCUGGCGAGUUGAGUAUCAAGCAAGACGAGAUCAUUCUCGUCACCCAAAAAGAAGGCAACGGCUGGUGGCUGGCACAACGUUUAGACAAAUCGGCCUCAGGCUGGGCGCCUUCCGCCUACCUCGAAGAAGUCGUCAACAAGCCCGCUCCGCCGCCCGCUCCUCCCGCACCACCAGCGCGUCCUGGUGCCAACGGCGUGCGCGGUAAACCGGCGCCGCCUGCCCCUCCGGCAAAACGUCCCGCAGCAAAGAAUCGACCGUCAGCGAACGGGACGAGUAGUCCCGGUGCUGGGGCGAGGGAUAGUGGGGGAAGUAUUGCGGGGGGGUUGGCGGAGGCACUGAGACAGAGGCAGGCUGCUAUGCAAGGUAAAAAGGCAGAUGACGAUGAUUGGUGAGGAAAGUUGGAGAUGAACCAGCACUGAGGCGAUUCGAGAGGGCGCAAGGGCGAGCUAUGAUGGUAAGACGGUGGAAGAGAGACUUGCUUAUCAAUUUGCUCGUUGCGUGUAGAGCAACCAGUAUUCAGCAUAAAGGCCUAUUUUGGCAAGAGAAUCGUCGGUGGCAAGCUU